UUAAAAUCCGAAACGGAACCAUUUGUUUCCACCGCUAUUCCACGUAGUGUUUAUUUUGGUGUAACACUCCUGUCAUGGCCGUCCAUCCUCAUGUAAUGUAGCUAAAUGAACCUUCGUUCUUCUUAGGACUACGAUGUAUUGUGUCUCCAGACGUGAUGUCAGAUAAACGCCAGCGUGCCAGGGUGCAGGGAUCCUGGGCCAAACAGCUGCCCAAACAACCGAGACCAGCAGGUCCACACAGCCAAAGUGCCAAUCCAGUUGUAGCAUCAUGGGGAGUUCAUACAAAGAGGACCCCUGGGAAUUUUGAGUUCCAACAGCCCAUUAAGCAAGUUAGAGAGGUUCCACCAGAGAAGGUUAUUGACCAGGCAGGUGAUUAUGAGAUCAGCCAUGGGCCGUCAGGAGUGUCCAGACUGAGGCUGCUACCAGGGUUUCUUCCAGCACAAGAGGCUGACUGGAUGUUCAGUAAACUUCUUGCAGAGCUUCCCUGGUCACAAAAGACAAAUUUUAGACAAGGUGAGGCCUACUCAGAACCAAGGUUGACCUGCUGGUUUGGAGAGUUACCCUACACAUAUGCUCGCUCCACUAUGGCUGCCAAUACAAAGUGGCAUCCGUUGCUGCUGAGCCUUCGCCGAGCGGUCGCUGAGGCAAGCGGCGGAGGAGACGACUGCUUCAACUCGCUGCUCUGCAACCUCUACAGAGACGGACACGACAGCAUCGGCUGGCACAGUGAUGACGAGGCCUCGCUGGGCCGCCAGCCCGUCAUCGCUUCGAUCAGUCUGGGCGACAACAGAGUGUUCAGUCUCCGCAAAAAACCGCCGCCGGAAGAAAAUGGUGACUACACUUAUAUGGAGUGUAUUAAAAUUCCUUUGAGUCAUGGCACACUGCUUUUCAUGGAAGGUGCCACACAAGAUGAUUGGCAGCAUCAGGUGGCUAAGGAGUAUCAUGACCGUGGCCCUCGCAUCAACUUGACCUUCAGAAGAACAUUCCCUGAGCCGCAGGGCCACCGACCGGGCACUAAAUUGCGUUUUACUACUAAGCAGACAUGAAAGUCAUUAACUGGAAACCAUCAAGAAGAAAAAAUGGUACCUGAAUGGACGUUGGGACAUACUGUGGUAACAGUUGAGAAGUCUACCCAGUUUUUUCAAGUGGGUAUUUACCACACUUGCAAUAAAUUCCUGUUUUAGUUGAAACUGAUGUCGUCAAAGUGUCGGUGAUAAAUGUAUGGAAUAUGAUUGUUAAAUGGUAAAAUAAAAGGAAACCAGCACGAGAUGUCCAGUCCAUUUUGACAGUCAUGUUGGGUUGGACAUCAAGCACCGUCAAUGGUAGAGCUGGGAAUCUUUGGGCACCUAACGAUUCGAUUACAAUUCAGAUGGUCCGAUUCGAUUCUAAAACGAUUAUUGAUGCACCCCCCCCCCCCCUUUUUUUUUUUUUAAUAUUUUGUACAUUAGUUCCAAAAUUGUUCAAAAAUACUCUCAGGCUAAACCAAACUACUAUUUCAGUAUCAAGUUAACAUAUAGCAGUAAACAAAUAUACAAAAAUAACAGUAAAUAAAAAACUCCAGUCCCCAUUCUGUAUCAGCAGCUUUAAACUACAUUCAAUUAAUUUAAUGUUGUGAAUCAACCGUUAAAGUUGUUAAAAUUGCUCCCGUUAAUCCAUAAUUUCCCUUUUGUCAACUUUCGACAUGUGAAAGUUUUAAAAUUAUUUUAAAGAUAGAUUCAAGUCAAUAUUUUACCGAUUUAGGAGUAUUUUAGAUAAAAAGUUAAUUAGGUUUGCUUGGAAGGUUCGCUACAACAGCCUUGCAGAGAAGUGUACUGCUUUAAGAUGGCGGCCGUUUACUACGUGUGCAUCUAGCUUUUUGUAGAUGUGCUGCAAACGCUACCGCUACCGUAGUGCAUCUAGUCUUAUAUAAAUGAUAUCUACCGUAACAUUAUGUGGAUGACGUACUUUUGUAGCAGCUUCAGGUAUGUUGUUGUGUUUUUUUAUCUCGUGGCAUGAGUUGAGCUAGAGCCGUGAGUUGAGCAUUGGCAUUACCCGAGGGGCCGGGUAAUGAGAAGCAUGAUGUUUAGCUACUCUCGCUCCGUUGCUCAUUGACCGCGCGGCGCGCUGAGUGUGUUGUACUUCCGCUUUACUUGGCAUAUUUCAAUAAUCGGAAUAUGGAUGUUUGUGAAUCGUUCUCGAAUCUUCCACGGCCGAAUCGCGAAUAAUCUAAGAAUCGGAAAUUUUGCACACCUCUAGUCAAUGGCACUGUUCGAUGAGUAUUCACAGCUAGUCCUCCCAGUUUAAAUGAAUUGGACAUCCAUCAUUGCCAAUGGCGGGCAAUGAGUUAAAAUAGUCUAAAGCUUUCCCACCUUGAAAAACAUGAACUUAAAAACACUUAAAAAUGACCAAAUUUAGUCAGCAAAAAAGAUUAAAGCCAUGAAUUUUAAAUAAAUUGGUGAGUAAAAAUAAAUAAUGAUAACCACAUUCUAUAACCUUUAGUGUGUUUAAACCUAGUCCAAUAAAUUAUUUCCUAAAUUUUUUAACACGUUUGAGUGAAAAUUGUCCAAAUGAUAUAUAUAUAUAUUUUUUUAGCAAGUACGGUAUUGAAUAUUUGCAGCUCACAUGAAAAUAAACUCAUCACUCACAGUUUCAAUGUUUACUUAACAUCUUGGAAAAUAUCCCAAAAAAUAGUUAUUAAGCCACAUCUGUGUUCAAGGCUAAUUUUGUUAAAUAUUGUCAAAAUUCCCUGCAGUUUUACAAUGUCCAAAAAAUAAUUUCAGAACAUAAACUUAACAGUGAAGGUUUAAGGCACCCAGUGUUAUCAUUCCACACAUUAUGUACACUUUGCUUCAAAUUACAAACCAAACUGAAGAAACACGUCAAACGUACAUUAUUGCACUAUGUUGUGCCUUAGUGAACAUAGUUCACACGUUUGGCACAUCAUUCAGGUCCACUAGGCACAAACAGCAUGGCUAGAUUUAUAUGGCAUGGGAGUGAAUUUUUGAUGCAAUUGGGAUAUGAGUCACUGCAACGUUGAUUUAAAAAAAAAAAAAAAAAAAAGCCAGUCUGAAAACUGGGUCAGAAUCAGGACUCUUGACACACAUUAACAUAACCUCCCAUUAAUUAGCUGAAAAGACAACACACAUAACAUUCAGCAGUUUUAAGUCAAACCUAAUAAACGCAACUGUCUAUAAAUGAGAGAACAUGUCUAGUUACAGUAUUCCUUUCAAAUUUGCAGUUCACUAUUCAACAAUUUGAGUGUUUUACUAUAUGCUGAAAAACUUAUUUGCAGCUUUUGUGCUCUUUCUCUACUGACCCAAGAUGCAGCCAAUGCCAUGUUGAAAUGAGAAGGUAGCAGUUUGCUCUAAAUUAAGUAUGUCAAAGUAACACUGAGUUUUGCAUGUAAGGGAAUUUAGUGGACGUUCACCACAUUCACUGUACAUGCAAAUGAUGUGUAAACCAUUAACUUCAAGGUUUAAGUUGUAAAAUGGGUUUAUAAUGAUAAUUCUAGAAGAGUGAACUGGAAAUACGAUGAAUACUGCAGCUGCAGAUGUGUUUUGGAUUGACUAUGAUAAUUUAGAAAUGUAAAGUAAAAAAAAACUUUUUAAACAAGUUACCAAAAAAAACACACAUGGAGCAAAAUAAAUUUUAGACAAUGUUUUUGACGAAUUUGACGAUCAAUAUAACAAUGCUAUUGAUGUUCGAUGGACGUCCAAGGCAUUUGGACUAGGGGUCGCUGCUAGCCCUCUGUCUAAAUGUAUUGGACGUCCAUCGCCAUCAAUGGCAGCCAAUUAGUUAAAGGCCAACUCCCACAUUAGACGAGGCAAGUAUUGCACAUUUCAAGACAUUCAGCAUAGUGCAAUUCAAUCGACGUGCUCUAUCCUGGCUCAGGUCCACCGGUACCAAAGGUGUUGUUAGACGUGACAAAGGACGACGUGACUGUGCCAUCCUCUGACGCGGCCCCUCCGCUGUGUUUGGUUUUGAAGUAAAUGACGUAAAACAAGGGCAGGACAAUUCCUAUAAGCAGCAUGGCCACCACGGCGUUCCACCACUGGAUGCCCCAGUCUGCUCCCUGGCCCUUGUGUCCUUUGAGGGUGGACCCUUUGGGUCCAACGUCCAACAGGUCCACGUCGCAGUCAUCUGUGGGAGGGAUCAGCUUCUCCGUGUCGUUGUCCACUUCAAUGAGGAAGUCCAUAACUUGUUUUCUAUGCGGCUGUACCUUGACUGGUGUUUCCUCUAAGGAGUCACUCAUAUCUGUGAUUGAUUCCAUUAAAAAGCUGUGCUUCGGAACUGGAAUUUUGAUGCUUUUCAGUGCAAAUAAAUCCUGCUCCUGUAUAAGGUUGUUCGCUCGCUUUAUGUCUGCCACCUGUUUGAGGAAAGUAGCAUGUCGUAUUUAUACUCCGUACUGAAUCAACACUCAAGCAUUUAAUAUUUAAACAAUUGAAGGAAACAAAAAUUGAAUUAAGUUGCAUGCUCAUUAAUUGAAAUUGACUCAAAUUGUGAAGUUACUGAGAGUAGGCCUGGCGAGUGUCUUGUAAAGUCAAGGCUGCAUUAGGGAUGUCCUGAUCCGAUCACGUGAUCGGAAAUCGGGCCAAUCGCGCCAUUUUUCAGUGGCUCGGAAUCUGGUGAAAAGGAUCGGGUUUUCAAUUAAAAAAUGUUAUUCUGCUUCAUGCUUGUACAACCUCUCACUCUCUCUCCUGCGGUUUUUCUUGGUCAGCAGUGCCCUGGAGUUAAAGUUAACGAUGACUGACAGGUUUGUAGCUUUGAUCUGGCCAGAGAAGCUUGGUAGCUCUAUGUUCAAAGGUGCAAAUGUGUCAUUGUUCAGCUUGUUAAACACUUACGGUACUAUGCUGCGGCAACUCAUUAUUUAAGUGACAAGCUGUUCUCAGUAGCCUGAGCGAAUUUGAGUGGAUUCAUUCAAUAAAGACAAGCAUUCCUGAUGUUGUUCUUAUCUAAAAAUACCAUUAUUAUGGCGGCACGGUGUGACUAACAUGUUUGUGUGAGACUUUUUUUCCCCUUUCUGGUAUCGGAUCGGGACUGUAUCGGCAGAAUCUCAAAAUCAGGUGACUCAGAUGCAAAAAUAUGCGAUCGGGACAUCCCUAAUCUGCAUCAAUGUCAGAGUUUGUAUCAUACUGUUUUCUAAAGUGUGUUGCUGUUUAAGUCAGUAUUGUAAAAGAUAAAAAAUGCAAAGAAACCAUUGCUUAAAAUGCAACUGUGGCAACAAAUUGACCAGAUUUUAGUGAAAAGGGCAAUUUGACACAGCUUUAUAACAAUCACUUUUCCCACCUUACAUCCGUAUUGCAAAGCCAGCUUGUUGAGAUUGUCGUCGUCCAGUAAGUCCCGUUCCAAAAAGUGGAAAUUAGCCAUCCUGUCCUGCUCUGUCUCUUGGAGUAUCCUAGGUCUCAUUUCCAUCAGACCGAGCUCCUCCUCGUCAUCUGACGAUGCAGCCGUGCCAUUGGCUUUCCUCUUGAACAUGUACACCUGGCCAUCUGCACUGGCGUGGACAUCCACCGGUGCUUGGAAUGCGUGCGGCACAUGCUCGACGCGUCGCAUCUUUUAACACUGGUCUGGAAGCACAAUUCCAACAAGAAACCAAAAUAAAGUUACGUUAAAAAAAACAAAGGCAGUCCUAGGAUGAAGACGGUAUAAUGUCUUGUCCCUGAAAUUAGUAACUUUCAUCAGCACAAUCGACACAUGCUGGCAUUGAUCUUGUGGCCCAGUGGUGUGGUAUCAGCAGAAUAACUGGAG